UCUUUUUUUAGUCAUUGAUUAUUGAGAGCUUGGGCUACCUGUGGUGUGCAUCAGUAACCAAGAUGGCGGCUGCAUCACGCAAUGUGUUGCUUCCUGUUGACGGCUCUGAUCAGAGUAGAAAAGCUUUUGAAUGGUACUGCACCCAUCUUUAUCAUGAAGGAGAUACUGCUAUUUUUCUUAACGUUUACAUUCUACCAGAAAUGUAUGAUGCUAGUUUAACAUGGCCAGCUGUAAAAGAUGUAGCUGAAGACUGGAACUAUAACCAACAUGUCAAAGAAAAAGAAGCUGAUGAAUUGCUGCAAAGAUAUGAAAAAAAGUGCAAAGAAAACUGUUUCUCCUCCAAGUCCAAUAAAAUUCCAUUGUCAUUCGGAGAUGCUGGCAAGGUUGCUGAAAAAAUAUGUGACUUUUCUGUAGAGGAAAAAGCAGACAUAAUUGUCAUGAACCACCAUGGUGACAAAACAGAGGGUGAAGAACUUGGGUCCACAUGUAGCUACUGCGUCAAGAAUGCAAAGAUACCAGUUUGUGUUCUGUUUCUUCCAUAAUAAUGACAAACAUGGACAUGAAAUAUUGAACAACAAAAUCAGUUAAAAAUAGCAUAUUUAAAAUAAAAAUUCAAGUGUACUUGAUGAUGACAUUGGAAGAUGUUGAAAUGCCAUACUAUUUUUGUUGUUCAAUGUUUUCUGCAAACUUUCCUUGUUAUACAUGCAUUAACCAAGGAAAAUAAUUAUCUAGAUUGUCCAUGUUGACACAAAAUAAGGAUCCUUCCAUACACAUAAGACUUUUCCACUGAUUGUUUUUGAAAAGACCUUUACUGUGCUAUGCACUUUCCCAAAAACACUUCCACAAGUUUUGGAUUUCUAUUUAACAUCUAAUCUUGUUGACGACUUCAAAUUUUGCUCCAGUAUUUACCCCUAACAAAUUAGGUAUCAAAUUAGAUAUCCUGUUGGGACUAAGAGUGCCCAAUAGGUGAAUAAGGUGACAAAGGACUGGCGUCCAAAACGUCAAAAAGUUUUUUYAUCUUUUCACGGUGUAUAAUUUACCUUUUUAUCAUUAAUAYUUUAAUAACGUCAUUGUUUAGUUUGGGGUGCAGUGAUGUAACUAAUUACGUAUGUAUAUAAAUGUACUAUGUGAAUGUAAUUCACAAUAUAAAUAUUGAUAAUUAAUAAUCAGGCAUUGUGAUAAAAAUCAAUAAUUAAAGAUCAGUAAUCAAAUUAAAGUAGAUCACACUA